UUUUUUUUAAUUGAAUUUUUUUUUUUUUUUUUUUUUUUUUUUCUUUUCUUCGGGCGCGCGUUGGGUGGAAUCCGAUUUCCUGGGUUUUUAUUACUCCAGUCAAUCCCACUCUUGUCCCCCUUCCUCUUCCCUUUCCCUCUUACAAUCAAUCAUUCAAUCCCUUUGCGUUCCACCCUGGUCUAUUGCUUAUCUUCUGGCAGCUGCCCCUGGUCUGCAGCUGUUAGUUGAAACGUCAUGGCCCUCAGUUUCUUUGGUGGGGGAGGAAGUGCGAGUUACGCCAAGUACUUCGACAUUCGGCUCGAUGAAGACUAUAUCGUGUUCCGAGGCGGCGAACAAGAAGCCGCGAGUGCUCACCUGAGCGGUAAACUCAUCCUGUGUCUAUCGGAACCGCUGUCGAUUAAACAUAUCCGGCUGCACUUGACCGGUAUCUCUCGAGUCUGUUGGCACCUCCCCUCCAGCUCCGCUGGCGGUGGCCGAAAAUCAUGGAGGGAGCGCGUGUUUUACGAGAAGACCUUCAGUUUCAGAGACCCGGGUAAAGGCAAAACUGAGAUUCUCCCGGGCGGCAACUACGAGUAUCCUUUCGACUUGGUCCUGGAGGGGUCGAUGCCGGAGAGUGUUGAGGGUCUCAACGACACCUACGUCACAUAUCGAUUCAAGGCGGAGAUCGGUCGCAAGUAUGCGAAGGACAUUGUGGUGCGACGGCCUCUGCGCAUCAUCCGGACGUUAGAUUCCAGCGCCUUGGAACUGUCCCACGCCAUGUCGGUGGAAAACGUGUGGCCGAACAAGAUCGAGUAUUCUAUCAGCACGCCGACUAAGGCCGUCAUCUUCGGCACCAGUAUUCAGGUCGACUUCAAACUCAUCCCGCUUCUUAAGGGACUUCGCAUCGGCCAGAUCGUUUCUCAGUUGAUUGAGAGUCACGAUCUCACGCUCAACCCCGAGGACCACGACUCCAUCCGCAACACCUACAAGAGCACGAGAACUAUCCUGUCGGAUGAGCACGAGCUGGACCCAGAUGGCAGCCUAGAAAUCAUCGAUGAAGCGGCGGAAGGAUACCAAUUCACCCGACAUUUGGAGCUACCCAAGACUCUGACCCGAUGCCUGCAAGACACCGACACGAAGGGCAUCAAGAUCCGGCACAAGAUGAAAUUCCGAGUGCAGUUGCUCAACCCUGACGGACACAUCAGCGAGUUGCGAGCCACACUUCCCGUGUCCGUCUUCAUUUCUCCGAACCUUGCGAUCGACGAGAACAACAAUCUGGUCGAUCAAACCCCGCAGUCGGCGCAGAGAGCGAUCAGCGAUAUCGCCCAACAGGCACCGCCACUGUACGGCGAACACCAGUUUGAUCAAUUAUACAGCGAGCUUGACCCCGCCGGCUACCGAACCCCAGGCCCUGGCAGCGGCCCUGGCACUCCAUUCGGCACUCUGAGCCGCAACCUUUCCACCGAAAACCUGGCCUCGAUGAAUGCUCUGACCAACACGGAUAUUUCUGCGUCGGCCUUGCACAGCCGUCUUUCGACUCUUCAUAACAUCAGACACAACCACCCUUCGCCGUCCGAUGAUCAUCACCACGAAAGCGAGAACCGUCAGCUUGGGGUGCCUCCCGACUAUUUCGGUCCCUCCUCGGGAUCCAACUCUCACAGCCCUGCGAGUCCCACCCUCUCUCGUCGACCUUCUGACGAGGGCGAGCACGACCACGACCACGACCACGAUCCCCUUCCUUCGGGAAUGGCCACGCCUUUCCACCCUCAAUAUGCGGAAGUCGAAACCCUCAGCCGCGUCCCGAGUUACUCGACUGCCGUCCGGACCACCGUCCGCCCGCGAGAUGCAGACCUGCCGGACUACCAGGCGGUGAUCGCCGGAGACUAUGUCAUUCCACCGCCGCAAUCACCUCAGCAAGCCUAUCUGCGUUCCCCCGGGCGGGGCAGCGGGUACUAUUCUCCCAUGGAUGUGCUUCAUCACCGACCGGGGCUCGUUCACUCCCGUUCCCAUAGCCAUGAGGACGAGGACCGACGUCUGCGGCUCUUGCAGGCGCGAGCCCGAGUUUAACUGAUUCUCCCUCGAUACCCCCUUGGCCUCGGCGUCAGAUCAAUCGCAUAAUAUUGGAAUCUUGGCGCUGGACGCCGAACCGCACACGACAGUUAGAGAAAAAGAAGCAUGGAGGCAUGUGGAAUAUGUUUUAUCUUCGCGCACAUACAUAUUAGAGGCACGGAUUCAUUUUAUUCGGCGUUUUUUCACCACUAAUAGACGGGACUGGGAUUAACUGGGACACGGAUUUUUACGUUAUUUGUUUUCUUUCUUUUCUGAGGCAUGGGACUGGAACGACACCAAGUGACGAACGACCUUGAGUCUGCAUGAGUUAUGUAUAUACAGACCAUCUGUAUCUUUAUCACACCAGCAUCUCCUUGCAUGAGCGACGUGAGCACAAAUACAAUGCUGCAACCUCUCUUUUCCACUCAUUCUUUCAGAGUAUGAUGAUGCUGUAUG